AUGCCCGCUUAUGCAAAGUUCUUGAAGGAAAUCCUAUCUAGCAAGAGAAAAUUAGAGGAGACAAUAGUGGUCAAGUUAAAUGCCUAUUGCAGUGCUAUAUUGCAGAACAAAAUUCCCCAAAAGUGUGGGGACCCAGGAAGCUUCACCAUACCAUGCUCAUUGGGGAGUGAAAAUUUUGACAAGGCCCCAUGUGAUUUAGGUGCGUCUAUAAAUCUAAUGCCUUUGUCUGUAUUCAGGAAACUGGAAGGUGAACUUGGAGUGAUUAAAUUGAUACCAGUGUCCCUACAACUAGCCGACCAGACCACCAUUCUACCUGAGGGAAUCAUUGAAGAUUUUCUAGUGCGGGUGGACAAGUUUGUAUUCCCCGUCGAUUUUAUUAUGGUGGAUAUGGAGGUGAAAAAGGAGGCCACUAUGGUGGAAAUCGCACAGCAACAAAGGUCAUGGAAGCUGGUUUCUUUUGGCCUACUCUGUACAAAGAUGCAAGGGCAUAUGUAG